CCUGCUAGCUUCACUCGCUCACCUAAACCAUGGCACGAUCUCUCAAAGUUGCAGUCGUCGGAGCCGGAGUUUCCGGUCUCGUCACCGCCCGUGAGCUCCAAAGAGAAGGCCAACAAGUGGUGGUCUACGAGAAAUCAAACCAAAUUGGUGGGACUUGGGUGUACAGUCCUCAAGUCGAGUCCGAUCCUCUGAGCCUUGAUCCCAAGAGAGAAAUAGUUCACAGCAGUCUCUACUAUUCACUUGAGACCAAUCUUCCUAGACGUCUCAUGGGAUUUUCAGACUACCCUUUUACCAUCAGGAAGAAUGGCGAGCUAAGGACAUUUCCUGGACAUCAAGAGGUGCUGCAAUUCUUGAACAAUUUUGUUCAAGAUUUUGGACUCCUUGACUUUAUCCGAUUCAAUACCGAAGUAGUUCGAGUUGAGCAACAAAAUGAUCAGUGGGUUGUUGAGUCGAGAAGGAGAACAUGUGAUGCAUUGAGCUCAUCAGAAGAGAUAUUCGAAGCAGUCGUGGUUUGUAAUGGUCAUUACACCAUACCAAAAGUAGCAGACCUCCCAGGAAUCAAAAGUUGGCCUGGUAAACAAAUUCACAGCCACAACUAUCGAGUUCCUGAACCAUUCCGAGAUCAGGUUGUAAUUGUUAUUGGUGCUGGACCUAGUGCCAUGGAUAUUGGUCAAGAAAUCACCAAGGUAGCCAAAGAAGUUCAUCUUUCUUCAAGAUCUCCAGAGAUCAAAGUUUCAAAGUUGGAGAUGUUCAACAAUUUGUGGCAGCAUUCAAAAAUCGAGUAUUGCUACGAAAAUGGUCUAGUAGCUUUCCAGGAUGGAACUUCUGUUGCUGCAGAUGUCAUUCUGCAUUGUACCGGGUACAAGUAUGAUUUUUAUUUCUUGAGGACGAAUGGAACUGUAACUAUUGAUGACAACCGUGUUGGACCAUUGUACAAGCACGUCUUUCCUCCAGAACUUGCUCCAGGGCUCUCUUUUGUUGGACUAACUUAUAGGGCUGUCACAUUUUUCAUGAUCGAAGUACAAGCCAAGUGGGUUGCAUCUGUUUUAUCAGGGAAGGUGAUUUUACCACCAAAGGAAGAAAUGUUGCAUGAUGUUGAACAACAUUACCGGCUUAUGGAGGAGAACAGGAUCCCCAAGCACCAUACUCAUCGGCUUCCACUUGAUCCGUUUGAAUACUUAAACUGGGUAGCUGCUCAAGUCGGAUUUCCGGUGGACACUCAGCUACUGGAGAUUUAUCACAAGUUUUUUGAGUUCAUUUGUGGAGCUUCGUGGAUUAAAUUUAGGGAGCAAGAUGUUGAAAGUUGGAUAAACUAAAUAUUUGAUGAGGCUUAGCAGGAUAUCAUGCUUGAAUUAUUCUUUACAUUGCUCGUUCGAAUAAUGAUUAUAAAAAUUUGCAGGAUUUUUCCAA